AUGACCGCCGGCAAGAAAUGGAUUCUCACAGGCCAGGAAGGUUAUGAUACCUCCCUUCAACUGGUCGACUCGGACAUUUCGACCGACCAGCUGGGACCGGAUGACGUGCUAGUCCAGCUUCAAGCUGCCAGUCUCAACUAUCGUGACUUGGUCAUUGCCAAAAACGAUGGCGGAGUAACCGGCUCCAUCACCCCUAACGUCGUCCCUGGCUCCGACGGCGCGGGCAUGGUCGUCGCCGUUGGGUCCUCCGUGACUGGUCUCGGCCCAGGCGACAGAGUCAUCACUUACCUCGCCCCAACCCUCCCACCAUCGGAUGAAACCGCUCUCCCAGGCGCCGCCGAAAUCUUCGCUGGUCUUGGGCAGAGGGUGGACGGUACCCUCGCCAACCAGAUGCUCAUCACCCAGCAUGGCGUCAUCAAGGGCCCUUCCAACCUGACGCCCGUCCAAGCCGCUACACUGACCUGCAGCGGUUUGACAGCCUGGAACGCCCUCUUUGGAGUCUCUGGGAGAGAGAUCAAAAAGGGUGACUGGGUUCUUGUUCAGGGAACUGGCGGUGUUAGUAUCGCCGCUUUGCAGUUUGCUGUUGCUGUUGGGGCGAAUGUCAUCGCUACUACUUCUUCUGAAGAGAAGGCGGAGAGGCUGAAGGAGUUGGGGGCGAGGCAUGUCAUUAACUAUAAGGAGACCGAAGACUGGGGUGAGGCGGCCAAGAAGUACACUCCUGGUGAGAAGGGCGUGGAUAUGGUGGUGGAUGUUGCUGGAAACUCUUCUUUGGUGCAGUCGCUGGCGGCUGUGAGGACAGAUGGAAUUAUUUGCUUGGUUGGAUUGCUUGGCAAGUUCGAUGCUGGUACAAUCCCGAUGAUGUCUGCGCUCUGGAGGCCUUGUAUCGUCCGGGGUGUGCUGUUGGGUAGCAGGAAGCAGUACAGGAAUUUGGUCCGGUUUGUGGAGGAGAAGGCGGUUGUGCCGGUGAUGGAUGAUGUCGUGUUCGGGUUAGAAGACGUCAAGGAGGCGUACAAAAGAAUGGAGGAGCAGAAGCAUUUUAGCAAGAUUGUUAUCAAGAUUGAGGAGUAG